UUGUGGCGGACACGGAAGGUUAGCAAAACUUUGAUUAGUGGUUUUCUGUCACAAGUGAAGCAUGCCACUCUGUUAAUUUCAUAGGAUGUUUUAAAAGACUACAGUAGGACCUAAUAAUGACAGAAAACCACGUAGCGGGGAUGGAGGUGUCCGCCGUGUCCGUUCUGAGGCGGGCGGUGGAGCUGGACCACAGCAGCCGCUUCCAGGAGGCUCUGGUCUGCUACCAGGAGGGCAUCCAGCUGCUCAUAGACGUGCUGAAAGUUGUGAAAGAUGACUCAAAGAAAGGACACUACAGGGAGAAGAUAAAGAGCUACAUGGACAGAGCAGAGCAGAUCAAAGCUCAGGUCAACCAGAUGAAAGAAGAUGGGAAGUACCAUGAGCAGAUCAGAAUAUCAGAGGAUGCCACCGGUUACAGCUAUGAGGUUCUGUUCAAGCCGUACAUCAGCGGCGCUCUCACAGAGGUCUGGGUGCAGGAUCCAUACAUACGACACACACACCAACUGUUUAACUUCCUGCGGUUCUGCGAGAUGCUGCUUAAAGCCUCCUGCAAGGUGAAAAAGAUCCAUCUCCUCACUUCACAGGAUGAAACUGACGGCAGCCAGCAGAGCAGCGCUUUGGCCGAGCUCAAGGAGAGUCUCAGCGCUCAGGGAGUCGCUCUGGAUCUGCAGUAUUCCUCCUCCAUACACGACAGGGAGGUCAGGUUUGACAACGGUUGGAUCAUAAAAAUCGGAAGAGGCUUGGAUUACUUCAAGAGAGCAAAGGGCCGCUUCUCUGUGGGAUAUUGUGACUUUGACCUGAGGCAGUGCCAGGAGACCACCGUAGACAUUUUCCACACCAAACACACAAAAACACUAUGAGACUGAUGAAGCUGAAGUUAUGAUUGUGUUUUUCUAACGACACGUCUGCAUCCUGGUACGGGACUGGAUUUAGAACUGCUUUACUGUUUGCUUCUGCUGCACUGCUGUCUUAAAUUUCUGCUAAUUGUUUGGUUUAAUCCUUUUAUAUCGUUAUGGGGCCUUUUUAAGACUCUCUAUUUUUUAUGGAAUUUAUCUUUUUUAUUUGUUUUCUUUUUAAGGGUUCUUUUCUAAAAGCCAUCUGUUUUUUUCUUCUAAAAAAUCUCUUCUGUAGCUGUGAUGAUCUACAGAGAAGAAGCUUUUUGGCUGAAAAAUCUGUGAUUUCUCAAAAAAAAGAAUUCCUUACCAACUGUGUUCAUAUCCUAAAUGUUUGUGUUACUGUUUCAUUUUUAAAUUGUAUUUUAGUGCCUCACAUGUACAAUUUUAUCAUUUUAAAUUAAAUACUUACAAAAUAUAACAAAAAAAUCAA